AUGAUUGUUAACCAACACAAGGAAACCCUUAAACGACUAAGUUCAAAAGUCAUUAAUAACCUUUACUUACUAAGCGGAGCUCCCAAUCCACGUGCAGUUAACAAAGUUUCCAAAAUUGAGUCCUUUUUGUCCCAAUACCACUUGUAUGCUAUACAAUUUCAAAAUUUGCAUAAACAAAACACACUUGGCAUUGAUGUUGGGUUCAAGAAUUUUUCUUAUUGCAAAACUACCGGCAAAGAGUUUCCACUAGAAAUCACCAAAUGGGAGAAAUUACAACUUUACCAAAAGUUUGGUACUGAUUACCAAAAUAUACUCCAGGAGAAUUCCAUACUUGAUAAACAACGAUACAACUGUCAUAUUGCAAACAAAUUAGUUUCAUAUUUAAACCUUGAAUCAUGCAAUGUGAAAAUCAUGGAGGUGCAAAGAACAAGGUCUGGAGGGAACCUGGCAACACUUCCCAUUGUGCAAGAUAACCGUGAUUUGGAACGAGCCAUAUUUGGCAAAGUUUAUCCCGGGAUUCUUUUCCCAGUAGAGGUCAACAAAAUGAUCAAUUACUGGGUUUAUGCACAUGUCAACCAGGAGUCAAAGAAGAAAUUGACUCAAUACAGAAAAAAAUGGCGCGCUGAACUCGUUUUGAGUUGGUAUGGAAAACUAUACACGUUACCGGGGUUUAAAGAACAACAUUUGACGAAAAAGGGCUUAUUGGAAUUUUUGGAUUUAGAUGCGCGUGAAAAGAUUGAUGAUCUAAUAGACUCAUUGCUUUACAACUUAUACAUAAACUCGACAUUUAGUAAUUUGAAAGAGUUUGGAAAAUGUUUGCAUGAAGGAAACAAUGAUUUAACUGGUGUUGUGGAGAAAAGGUUACGAUUUCAUCGUGACCUACUACAACCUAUUUAUGACAAAUAUGAGUUGAAAUGGAAAGAUGUAAAUUGA